AGCUGGUGCCACGGUCUCAUAGUCCUCCAUACUUAUUUGUGUGCAUCAGAAACUGGGAAAUGGACAUGAUAUUUAAGCGUAAAUCCAUAACUACCAUCUUUGGCUGUUUAUUUGCAUUAUUGUUUUACAAAAUCUGCUUUGCUGAGAAAAUUUGUACCGUCCCCUCAGAGCCUGUAACAAUUAAAGAGAAUAACACCGCUGACACAGUCGUUGUUCAUAUUAACACAACAACAAAGGAUGUAACGCUGAAUCUCACAGAGAAUCCUGGGAAUGCCUUCAAUCUGAGAGGUUCAGAAUUGAUAGCAAAGAAAGGCCUGGACUUUGAAACACUUUCAGGUCCCGAAGAACUAACUGUCCAGAUCCGAUGUAAUAAAACUGGCUACAGAAGUAUCACUCUGACUGUGAUUGUUCGUGUUGUGAAUAUCAAUGACAACCCUCCAUCAUUUGACAAGAGCGAGUAUACACUUGAAAUAAAUGAGCUUACACCAGUUAAUAGCAGCAUUGCCCUGAUUGAAGCAAUAGAUGAUGAUUCUGAGGUUCUGUAUUAUUCUAUGGAACCAGCUGUGAAUACAUACUUCAGACUUGAGACCAUGUACACACCAAGCAUCCUUGUGAACAAGAUUUUAGACUACGAUGUCAUCCAACAGGUGAAACUGAUCUUGUAUGUGCAGGAUACUCUACCUCCAUCACAACUGGGUGAACUCUCUUUCACAGCUUCAGCAACCAUCAUCAUCAAUAUUAUAGACAUUGAUAACCGUCCUCCCUGGUUUCAACCAUGUACAAGAGUAAGCAUUGGUAAUGCCAAACUCUGCCUGAGCCUGGGCUACAAGGGCAGGGUGAACCUAACAGAGAAACAGGAUGGGGCCUUGCAAUUGCAGCCAGGUCCAGUGUAUGCCAGAGAUGGAGAUAAAAGCAGAAAUGAAGAGAUAAGCUAUAAAAUUGUUCGAGGAAAUGACGACAACAUAUUUCAGAUUGAUGAGAAAUCUGGAAACAUAUCCAUGCUGAAACCAGCAGAUAUAGCUGGCCCAAUAUCACUCUUAGUUUUGGCUUCCCAGGUAUUAAAUAGAGAUCAGUUUGCCACCACUUCAGUGACUAUUGAUGUAAUGAAAAAGAGCAGAAAUGCUCCCAGGUUUGAGAAGGACCGAUAUGAAGGGUAUGUUUACAGUACUUCAGGGCCUGAAAACAUGGUGCUAAGGGACAGGACAUCCAACAGACCCAUCAGAGUCAGAGCAAGGGAUGAAGAUUUUGCAAGUGGAAUCAAUCCUGACAUAAGAUAUGAAGUGCAAUAUAGCAGCUAUGUUAAUAUCACAACAGAUGGGUUUAUACUUUUGAAGAAAGCCGUUCGGACUGAUUCCUUUGCUGUGCAGCUUCGGGCAGUGGAUGUGUCUACUGGUGAGGCAGGAACAACUACUCUCUCUGUGAUUGUAGUACCAUCAGUGGGGGUCCAGUCGCCCGACGAGGGGUACCAUGCAGGAGACAUGGCUUUGCUGGGCUUUGUAAUGGCUGCGUUACUGGUGCUCUGCCUCAUUGUGAUUGGCUAUCUGAUAUCCCGUGUCAAGAAGGGGAAUCCUGAUGCAUUCAAGUCAGAGGUCAGCAUCUUCUCAUCAAAGCUCAGGGACACAGGGAGAUCCAGAUCCAGGCGAGCUGAACUGAGAGAAAGGAGACUGGAUGCAGUUCAAGCAGCGAGGGUGCGAGUGAUACCUCGCGAGAGACAGAGGCACUGCAGCUCCUGUGGACUCCAGACACAUACCAACCAUUCACACCAUAGUCCUGCCGUCCAAACCAGAGGAAAGGCGAAUAAGCAUAAAGUAAAAUCCAUUCUGGCUAAAGAGAGGAGGAAGGACGACAGACACAAGACCGUUUGGUUCAAGGAGAGCGAGGAUUCUUCAGAUAUCGAGGUGGAGAUCAUCCCUGACACUAUAGGGCUUAAGCCAGAAGAGGACAUGGAGAAUGUCGAAGGGGAUUUUGCGUCCCCUCCACCGGAAGACAGUGAGAUGGAACUGGGGGAGUUGACAAUGCUGAAUAUACAGGACUUGAGUAGCAGGGAAACGGCAAUUUCUGAUAGUAGAGAAGGACUGAACACAGAAAGAAGAGAUCAGUGAAACAGUAAAACAAGAGCUCUUUGCUCAUCAGAGACUGAAUUCGUUUAUUUCUCAAGUUCAGUUUGGCUGAAAUAAUUUAUAUUUGUGAAAAUAAAAUCGGGUUCCGUUCAGACAUAAUU